AUGUCCACCCCUAACAGCCAGCCCCCGUCUGCCUCCGCUGCCAACACCUCUGACCCCUCCAACCGCGAUGCCUCUCCCUCGGCGGGCGGUGGCAGGGCCAGCAAGUCUUCUUUCGGCUACGAGUCGACCAUGUCGCUUCUCGUAGACUCUCUCAAGGACCGACUAUUGUUUGCCGUACCCAAAAAGGGCCGAUUAAACGAGAAAUGUUUGGAAUUGUUGGCCGGUGCCGACAUCAAAUACAACAGGGCCCACAGGCUUGAUGUCGCUCUUGUGCAAAAUAUGCCUAUCGCUCUUGUCUUUCUCCCCGCCGCCGAUAUCCCUCGUUUUGUCGCCCUCGGCUCCGUCGCUCUCGGUAUCACCGGGCAGGAUGUGAUUGCCGAGUCCACCCACUCCCCCGCAAUCGAGGAGCUCCUGCCCUUGGGCUUUGGCAAGUGCAAGCUUCAAGUCCAAGUGCCCGUCACCGGUCCCGUACAGACCCUUGAGCAAUUGUCCGGCGGUAGGGUCGCUACCAGCUUUGAAGUCAUGGCCGGCGAGCUCUUUGGCGGCAAGGAUGGUGUUGAUGCCAAGGUCGGUAAGGGUCAGACCAAGGUAGAAUACGUUGGGGGUAGUGUUGAGGCUGCUUGUGCUUUGGGUAUGGCCGACGGUAUUGUCGACCUCGUCGAAUCUGGCGACACUAUGCGUGCUGCCGGCCUUCACGCCAUCCACACCCUGAUGUCUUCCGAGGCCUGCCUUAUCACUUCUUCCACCCCCCACGCCAACCUUACCCCCGAGCUCCUCGCCCUCAUCCCCUUGAUCAAGUCUCGAAUCGCCGGUGUUCUCGCUUCCAAACGAUACGUCUAUGCGUCCUACAAUAUCAAAAGACAGAACCUUGACAAGGCUUUGACCAUCACCCCUGGCAGGAGGGCCCCCACCGUCAGCCCGCUGGACGAGGACGGAUGGGUUGCAGUCAGCGCGAUGGUGGAGAGGAAGGAGGUGGCCAAGACGAUGGACGAGCUGGAGAGGACUGGGGCUGAGGACAUCUUGAUCAUGGCCUUGGACAACUGUCGAGUUGGUAUCUAG